UACAGCGCGAGCGUCUGCUCUCGUGAAGGAAGGCGACAGCUGGCUGCGCGCGCGCUGCGUUUUGAUGGAACAACCGACGCAGAAGAGGCGGCGCAGGAGGCGCCUGGUCGUGGUUGUGGUUGUGGUGGUGCUAAUGGUCGUUGUUCUGGCUCUGGGAUUGGGACUGGGUCUGGGACUGACCCACGGCAGAACUUCUGGAGGAAUAAAAGACACUUUCCUGAAAAGAUGCCAAAAGUUCAACGAUUUAAACUGCCAGAAUGUGUGGGAUGCAUUUCAGCGAGCCUAUAUCAACCGAGACCCCUGCACCGUUACCACGGACGCCUAUGACCCUUUCAUCGAGGCCGUGUCCUUCAAAUCUCAAUGCAACAGAGGGCUGCUCUGGAGCAAAACGAAGGAGGUGGCCCACUCCUUUUCCCAGAAACGAGACUGCCUUGUGACCUUGGAGGACACGCCGUUGGGGGCCAUCCUGAACGACCUGACCUGGUGCGGGAAGCAGGGCAGCGACGAAACUUUUACCUCCGGCUGCCCGGGAUACUCGGCCUGCGACAACAACACCGUGCGCUCUUAUUGGAAACGUGCUUCAGCUGCUUUUGCAGAUACUGCCUGUGGCGACGUCUCGGUGAUGCUGAGCGGAUCUAUCCAGACGCCGUUCGAUCCUAACAGUAUUUUUGCGAGCAUCGAGGUGAAAAGGUUGCGUUCCCCCAAAGUGAGACGCUUGAACGUUGUUUUGGUCGUGGAGAAAAACGCCGUGACAAACUGCACCAACGGAUCUUUGAAGAACCUGCAGAACGUUCUGGAUGCUGGAAUCGGUUACGGCUGCAAAGAAGUGACCCGAGACCAGAUCGACAAGUGCAGCUCAGACCCAGAGAUCGCCUGUGGAGCAUGCUGGUGAGGAUUUUGGACCAGAAGAUAGAAACAGACUCCUCCUCCUUUUUCUAAAGCACAAUUUUUAACCUCAAUGUUUUUACUUGUGGGCAUUUGAUUUUAAACUUUCUGUCUUGUAAAAGAAAAAAAAUGAAAGGGAACCUUAAAAUGUUCAUUUUAUAUUCAUGGUUUUUUUAUGUUUCACUAUUGUUGUUCAUUAUCUGGCUCCUGACAGAUUAAAAUGAUAUUAAUAAAAGUUUUUCUUUGAA